AUGAGAAAUCAUACAAUGGUGACAACAUUCAUUCUUAUAGGACUAACUGAAGAUCCAAAUUGGCAAGUUGUAAUUUUCCUUUUUCUAUUUCUAACAUAUUUAAUGAGUAUCACUGGAAAUCUGACUAUAAUCCUGCUCACUUUGCUGGCUUCUCAACUCAAAACACCCAUGUAUUUCUUCCUUCGCAAUUUCUCAUUCUUAGAAAUCUCAGUGACCUCUGCAUGUGUUCCUAAAUAUCUGUCCAGCAUUGUAAAUAUGGACAGAACAAUAUCAUAUAAUUCUUGUGCUACACAAUUGUUUUUUGUUAUCCUUUUGGGUGCUUCAGAAUUUUUCCUGUUGGCUGCCAUGUCCUAUGACCGUUAUGUGGCCAUCUGCAAACCCCUGCACUAUGCAACAAUUAUGAACAACAGAGUUUGUACCCAGCUGGUUGUUACCUCUUGGUUGGCUGGGUUGUUAGCAAUCUCUCCUGGACUUAUCAUAGGCUUGGGGUUGGAAUUCUGUGAUAGCAAUAUUAUUGACCACUUUUUUUGUGACUAUUCUCCUGUCCUGAAACUGUCCUGUACAGACACAAGGACAAUAGAAUUGUUGAGCUUUGUUUUAGCAACUGUGACACUCCUAGUUACAUUGGCUAUGGUUUUGCUCUCCUAUGCAAAUAUCAUAAGAACAAUUCUGAAGAUCCCUUCUGCCCAGCAGAGGAAGAAGGCUUUCUCUACCUGUUCCUCCCACAUGAUUGUUGUCUCUAUCUCUUAUGGCAGCUGCAUUUUUAUGUAUAUCAAACCUUCUGCAGAGGAAAGCAUUGCUUUAAACAAGGGGAUAGCUGUGCUUAGCACUUCAGUUGCACCUGUUUUAAAUCCUUUCAUAUACACUCUAAGAAAUAAACAAGUGAAACUAGCCAUGAAGGAUAUAAUUAAAAGGUUAGUUUUCUUCCAAAAGGCCUGUCUUUUCAGAAGCAUCACUAAAACCAUUUUCAGCACUCUUUAA